AUUUGAAGCCGGCGCUCGCGCAUUGGCGGCUCGCGUGAGCGAGCGGGAACGCGGGAGUGGAACAGAGAGGCAAUGGCCGAGAGCAGAGUGGGAGAGCAGCGAGCACCAACCGACUGAGCUUUUAAAAAAGUAUUGUCCAUGGCGAGUAGGGAGCCGAAGUACAACUUGGUGCGUGAGUUGGGACGUGGCAGUUAUGGUGUAGUAUAUGAAGCUAUGGUAAGAAAGACUGGAGCACGGGUAGCAGUGAAGAAGAUUCGGUGCCAUGCACCCGAGAAUGUGGAACUGGCUUUGCGGGAGUUUUGGGCAUUAAGCAGUAUCAAGAGCCUUCAUCCUAAUGUGAUCCACCUUGAGGAGUGCAUCCUGCAGAAAGAUGGGAUGCUGCAAAAGAUGACUCAUGGAUCAUCCUCUUCCCAUUACUUAAAGCUGGUGGAAACUUCACUGAAAGGGGAACUCAGCUUUGAUUCUAGGAGCUCAUACUACCUUUGGCUUGUAAUGGAUUUCUGUGAUGGUGGAGACAUGAAUGAGUAUCUGCUAUCGAGAAAACCCAACCGUCGGACCAACACUAGUUUCAUGCUGCAGCUCAGCAGUGCCUUGGCUUUUCUACACAAAAACCAAAUUGUGCACAGGGACCUGAAGCCAGAUAAUAUAUUGAUUACCGAGACUGGAUCAGAAGCUGGAGGAGGAGGCCCUGUUCUAAAAGUGGCAGACUUUGGCCUGAGUAAAGUCUGCUCCGGGCUGGGAGCAGACCAGAAGGAACCAGUUAAUGUGAACAGAUGCUGGCUUUCUACAGCUUGUGGGUCAGAUUUUUACAUGGCACCUGAAGUUUGGGAAGGCCAUUAUACAGCUAAAGCAGACAUCUUUGCACUGGGAGUCAUCAUUUGGGCCAUGUUGGAAAGGAUUACUUUCAUAGAUUCGCAGACUAAGAAAGAACUAUUGGGCAGCUACGUGCGUCAGGGGACAGUGAUUGUGCCUCUCGGUGAGGCACUGUUGGAAAACCCCAAGAUGGAACUUAACAUUCCUGUUAAGAAAAAGUCCAUGAAUGCGGGAAUGAGACAGCUAAUUAAGGAAAUGUUAGCAGCAAAUCCACAGGACAGGCCUGAUGCUUUUGAACUAGAACUGAGGAUAUGUAAAAUAACAUGCAGAGAGUGCAGCCGGACUGCGUAAGUCUUAAGUUUGCGUGUGAAAAUACAAAAUGUUAUACAGGCUGGCUCUGACCAAUUUGAGGCUUGCAAAAAGUUUUAAUUUGCAGACAAGCCUUUUUUUUUUUUUGUGCCAUCCUUAUCUCCCAAGGUGUAAAUUUUAAAAUCGCUAGCCCAAAAUUUAACCUGCAGUUCUAAGGUGCUGCUGUUUAUUGGUACCCACAUCCUAACUCGGAAACCAAAUCCAGUACUGUUCUUAACCAGAUCCCAGUUGACAAAUUUUGAGCCUUUUAUCCUGUAACUUGCAUAUCCUUUAUUGACUGUGACUGUAGUUAAACAUUUCUUUUGGUGCUGAAGGGCAUAAUCUGUUGUAUGGUUCUGAUGGAAUGCAUUUGUUGGGUUUUUGUGGAACUUGUUUAAUCAUCCAUUAAUUACUUUUUCGCAAGUUCACAUUCUCUUCUUCCUCCCUCCUUGCCCACCCCCACCGCAAAAGAACUCUCGACUCAAUAUGUCUUACUGAUUUCUUCCUCGCCCUCUCAACUUUUCGGAAACAUUUGAAGCUUGAUGCCACCUGAGUCAUCACAAUUUAUUCUUAUUGGAAAUGCCAAGCAAUUAACUUUACCAUAAUUUAUUGCCAUUAAUACAACUUUGUAUGUUAUCAUGCGUAAUGUUUUGGCAGUGAGCAGAAUGAUGGUAAGUUAAUAAUUGACCCUGAUUGAGAAAUCCACCAAAUUUGAUCUUGUAUUGAGCUGUGUUCUGACACUGUUUUAGUAAAGACAACUGUAACUUUGAAAUUGGAUGUUAUUUAAUAGUAAAAUAUGUAAACAAACGUGACUUCAAGAUGGUGCCUGAACUUUGUGUGAUUCUUGAGUGACUUUUUAUACAGUAUAUAAAAUUUUUGAAAACGAAUAAUUUCUUCCUUCCUGCCAUCCCAUAUUUUCAUUCUUAGAAAUUAGAUUGAAGAGCUUUAAAUGCUGCUUUUCUCUGUGGAUGUGUUUACUGAAAUUGACAUUCUAAUUCUGUGGAGUAGAGGCUAGUAGUGAUACCUGUCCUUUUGGACAUAUAAGUGAAACAUCUGCCCUCAUCUUUCAAUUAUUUUUGAGGUAAUUGUUAACAGGGAAAUUAACUUAAAAGAGGUUUCACCUGCCUGAACAUGGAGAAAAUUGUAAAACUUUUCAAGUGAAUUUUGGGUAGAUUGGUUUUACUUUGCCUGUAUUUUAAAAUGGAGGCUUUCUUUACCGUGACAUGUUUGACUUUAUUUGGAUUAACAUAACUUGAUGGGGAAGGAGAAGAGUGUACAGAUGGGUAAUCCCAUAUUUGUGUCCUUUUGAAGAUGAAAUUUAGAAUGGAUUGUGAGAAUGAAAGGUGUUUUGUAGACCAUCUGACUACUCAGUCAAUGCCUUUUUGACUACUGUCAUUGCCAUGUUGUUGUAUCAAGAGUAUUGCACAUCUUAAAAUCCAUGAGAUCAAAUGGAAGCUAUUUACAAAAGAAAAGGUGGAAGUGGUGGUAAUGUAAUGCAAUAUUACAAAGUUACAAAAUGUAGGAAAACUUGUUUUAAAAAAAAUUCAAGGCACUACCUUGUUAAGUGGGUUACCUUUCUACUGAAACAAGAAAAUGUAUUAAACUAUAUGUAAACUUUACUGUGAAAUUUGUAAGAUUGUGUAAUUUAUUUUAAAUGUAAUAUGUAUAAUUAAAAUUAUAUGAAAACCUA